UUCACCAUGUUAUGGUUGUAAUUGGUGUUAAUUUAAAUACCCUGUGAGGAUUUUUUGUACAUAAAAUUAAUUUAAUAUCAUAUUAAAUGAAUGUGCGAUUUUUAAUAUAAUUACGCGCAUUGUGUCAAUUCAAUGUUAAGAUAUAUUUAGUUUGUUGUUUUGCCAUAUGCACGCCAAGAAAAUUUUAUAUUAUUUCAGUUUUUGUUGCUGACUAGAAUGAAUUUUGUUACUAGUGUGUUAAAAAAAUAUAUUCAGAAUGAACCGCAAGAAGCGGUGGACGAUGCUCCUAAACAGCGGGACCCUGUUGAAGGUAGUUCCUCUGAUGACAAGGAAAAUGGUUUUGCCUUAAACUCUGAUACCGAUAAACCAGAUAUAGGAUGUGGUACUAAUAAGCCAAAAGAAAGUAAUUCAAGACGAUCUAUUUUAAAAUCUUUUGAUCCUCUAUACAAAGAAAGCCCUGAAAAAUUUCAGACUGCGUCUACUAGUGAAUCCUAUGAGAGACCUCGUCGACAACUUAUUAUUAAGGAGUCAGAUGAAUCUGAAAGCGAACAAACUUCUUAUUCGGCUGAAGUAAGUGAUGAUGAAACCAAAUUUGUAGAUGCUUGCACUGCCACUGAUGCAGCUUGUAGUGAGUUCCAUGUUCCUGAAAUCGAAAAUUUUCAGCAAGAGGAGUCUUUGUUAAAGUUUUAUACACCAGAAAAGGUUUAUGUUGCUCUAAAAGGCAGUGAUAGUGAAUCCGGGUCUACCUCUGAUGUAGCUGAAAAUCAGCCAGUAUUAAUAAAUGUUGAAACAUCUACCUCAUCUAGUGACCAGUCCCAUAUUCAGAAGGAAACAAUAUGUUCAACUGUGCUUAUUCCAACUGUAACAGAAAGCAAAAUUGUUAGUGCAAUUAAUAGGAAAAUAAGUAGUGAUUCUGAUAUCAUUCCAACACGAUCCAAAUUCACCAUAAGUGAAUCUGAACUUGAAAAUUGUAACAUCCUUAGAGAGACAUUUUCUCCUGAAAAUAGAGUAGAAACUUUCAGAGGUAGGCAAGAAAAUGCUGCAGAUGCUAUUGAAGCUAAUUCGUUAACUUCUGUUAGUGAAAUAAGGAAUAUUUCUCCUGAGAGAUCUGUUGUAACUUUAGAAAGUAGGAUUAGAAAUGAUGAAUCAACUUUAGCAGAGGAACCACAAAGCUUAGAAAAUAGAACUUUAGGAGUUAGCGAAGUUAUAGAAAAGGAAGGAUCAUCUGACAACAGUAAGGAAUCAGAAAUUACAGUGAUUGACAACAAAUCUAUCUUGGAAGUUAAUGUAGGAGAAAAAGACCAUAUUUUUUCUGAUAUUUCCGAAGCAAACACAGAUUGUACCAUCCCUGAAACUAAAUUGCAGUCAUCUGCAGAGGAAUUCUCUGUAUUAGAAGGUGCAGUAGAGGACUUUGACGAAUAUAUAAAAGAGGGAUCUAGUAAAAUAAACAGACAUCAGAAAUAUCAACUACCAUUACAACCUGAAUGUGAAUCCAAAUUAGAAGACAAGUUAACGGUGAAUCAAGAAUCUUUUAGGGAGGAACUCUCCAAAGAAACUUUUCAAAACUUCGAGAAGACUUUAGGAUCUAAUACUGAUUUUGCAUCUGGGCAGGACUCUAAGAUCCCACAGGAACAUGUAGUAUCAGACUGUGGAGCAGAUGCCGAGUCCAACCAACAACUUGAAAUAUCUCAAAAGAACUUGGAUUCUAGUUGUGAAACAGAAUUUGAAAGGUACCGUAUCUCAGAACAUCCUCAGAAACAGUUAACAUCAGAUAGUGAAGGUAAAUCUGAAUUUAGGAAGGAGACAGAGAAACCUCAGAAACAUUUAGAUUUAGAUAUUGAAUUAAAAUCUAAGAAGUUAGAAACAUCUGAAGUUAAUGAAGGAAACUUGGAAUAUACUGAAUUAGAUGUAACUUACAAAAAAGUUGAAGAAACAACUGCUGAAGUUGAGCGUAAACCUGAAUCCUCUGAAGAAAAAUUAUCCGAGAAGAAAACUGAAGAAUUGGAUAAUAACACAUCUGAAACCCAAAAACCCUCUGACGUACAUUUUGAAGCUGUAGCAGAAUCUGAUGAUACCAUAUCUAUUCAUCAUGAUGAAGAACAUCAUUUAGAUUCUGGACUUGAUAGUAUUGAAGAGUCUUAUACUAAAAGCCCGAAAAGUCACGUAGGCGAUUUUGAAGGUAGUGCCAAAGGAGAGGAGGAAAAGAUUUCUCCCGAUAAAAAAGACAGCUGUUCACCAGAUGAAAAAUUAAGUCAUACCCAUGACAAACUUAAAAUAAUACCUGUAGAUGAAACAACUUCUGAUGAAAAUACUAAAAUUGAUGCAAUUGACAGUACUCAAGACGAGCAGCCUCGGUUGCUAGAUAAACAAGCAAAACCUAGAAUAGAAGACGAGCCUAAAUUGGCUGAACUUACUGAACCUGGACCAGACAGAACAAUUAUAAGUUUGACUGACCAGAAAUCUAAAAUGGCUGACCUCAGUGAAAAAUUAAAUCAACAACAGCAGGAAAAUUCUGACUUGAAGCUGCAAUUGAAUGCAAUUCAGCAAGCGAAAGCAUCAUUAGAACUUGAAAUACGACAAAAAGAAGAGGUUAUUAUCAAGACACAAGCAGAAGCAUUGAAAAACGAACAAACAUAUAAACAAGAAAUUAAACAACUUAGGGAAAAACUAAAAGAAAAUUCCAAGUUAAUUGAAAAAGAUGGAAGCAAAGAAUUAGAGGAUCAGUUGAAGGAGGCUAAGGCCAGAGAAGCAAAGGCUGUUGCUGAACUCAACCAAAGAACAAAAGACGACCUUAAUUACCAAAAAAUUAUGGAGGAAUAUGAAAAUACAAUAGCUACCCGUUUUGCUGAUUAUCAGAAAUUGAAGGAGGAGCAUGAAACAGCCACACGCCAUUUAGCAAACAUUGAACUGGCAUUUUCUGAUGUACAUCAGAAAUACGAGAGGACUAAAGCUUUGCUAGAAGGAUUUAAGUCAAAUGAAGAGACUUUGAAUGGUGCUUUGCAGGUUUCUGAAAGGACUCUCAAGCAACAUGAGGAAAGAUAUGAAUCUUUGAAAGCACAUGCAAAGGGACAAAUAGAAAAAUCUAACAAGGAAAUUCUUAUGCUGAGGGACAAAUAUGAAAUGGAUAUUAACAAGCUCAAGGCUAUUAUUAAACGUUUAGAAAUUAAGUGCAGUUCUUUAGAAGUUUCACUACAACAGAAAACUGAGGAAUGUGCUGCCUUGUCGGCUCUCUGUGAUGAGGUUACGGGAAAGAAAGUGUAAUAUAAUGAGCCUUUAAUUUUUUGUUUGGUAGCAUUUUAAAAAUGUGAUUUGUUUUUUACUUGUUCUCUUCAUAUUUAUUUAUUUUUUUCAAUAGUAUUAGUGUUACAUUUUUAUAUUUUAAUACUUAAUUUAAAACUGCUAAUCAUAUGUCCAUCCUUACAUAGUUGUAAAGUAUAGUAAAGUUAUUUAUAUUUUUGGUAACGAGUUAUGAUUAGAGAAUAAACGUAUGUAAGGGAAAAUAAAUAUACUAUUGAUCUAUACUUUUAUUUUUCUCAGCGAGUUUAUGUAAUGGUAUAAAAUGUGAUCAAUAGCUUGCUUAAUAUUUAUUAGAUGUACCUAGUACCUUUAUUUAUAGCAGUUGCAAUGAUAUUUAUAUAGACUUGUAACAAUAAUAUGUAAAUAUAACUUGCACUACUAUAUAAUUCAUAAUUUAAAUAAACUAUGUAACUUACA